GCGCUGAACUGCGUCACCCGGAAGAGAGGAGUGUCGGCGUGUGUGCGGGAUUGUUUACAUUUGCUGAGGCUCGUCGAAAUGAAUCCUCCGAUGAUCAACUCGACCAACUCCGUCUCAACAACGAAGAGGAAACGAGAAGCCGAGCGCUCUGUAAACUGGACAGAGGAGGAAACUCAAGUGCUGCUGUGCGCCUGGAGCGACGAGCGAGUCCAGAAGAGCUUGGCAGAAAACCUCCGCAACCGGCAUGUCUUCAAACACCUUUCAGCACGCAUGAGUGAAAUGGGUUUCUCUCGGAGCGCGCACCAGUGCCGGCUUAGGGUCAAAACUCUGAAGGCUAACUAUGUGAGAGCCAAACUACAGAGGAGCGUCGACAGCUCGCAGCCUUGCACUUUUAAAUACUUUGCGGAGAUGGAUGCCGUGUUGGGCCGGAGGUCAGCGGGAGGGGUAGAAGGGCCCUAUUUCGUUUCUCCUGAACGGAUGACGGAGCUUCACCUCGACUCCAUCGACAGGACAGGAAGUAUCCCGCAAGAUUUAAAUUCUAAUACAGAGCUUAGCGGACACAAUUUUGCUUCCUUGGGGGGGACGGGGAGACAACGUCUGAGCUCUUUAGAGGGGAGAGGGGGGCGGCAGCCUUGGCAGCUCGACUCUGAAGUCAAGUUGGAGGAAAGAGAAGACUCAACGGAUGAGUUUGAGUUCAGUGACACGGGAUUCCCACAAUGUCCGAGAGACAGAUGCCAUGAAGUUUAUCUGGACUCAUCCAUCCAUCAUGAAAUGAGUGGUACACCAGUGGAAAACAGCUUGAGAACUCCUUCCCCACAUGUAGUCCCACCUCCACCGUCUCCUCCUCCUCCCCCUCUUACCCAGUCUGCUGCCUCUCCUCUCCCCGCACCUCCAGAUCCAAGCCCAGACACCCUCCCCAACUCUGGCCACCAUCACCUUGAGUCCUCUUGCCUGGAACCCAUCCUUAAGCACCUGUUGGAGAGCUUCCAGCGGCUGGUGUCUGAGACACGGGGCCUGCUGGUGCAGCUGGAGAGCCAACGGCAGGAGCAGGCUCGCUGGCACCAGGAGCUCCUGGCCCAGUGGCUGCAGAGGGAGGAGCGCCGGCAGAGGGAGACAGCAGAGAGGGAGGAGAGGAGGGAGAAGGCGCGCAUGGAGCACGAGAUCAGAGUCCUGGAGCUCCUCACCAGUCUAGCCAGAGAACACGGGUGUAAAUGUGGAGGCGGCCAGACUGUAUCAGAGGCACCAACUGGUCCAAGUCGUACCGCAAACAAAGACAGAAAUUAGGAUGCACUCAUGCUAAGGAUUUUUAUUAUAUUUAACCCAAAGUGUGGAAUGGUAUUCAAGCUCAGGUGGAACCAAAUAAAGACACUGAUAAUGCCGACCAGACACAUUCAGGGCAGCUUGGUUUAGGCCUUAACCCUGAGCUGUUUGGAGUGAGAUUGUAACGUAACCAAAUACAGGAAAUGACCCUCAAACUUCACGAGCCUGGGAGUGUAAGAAGAUGAUGGUUUACUGACAGCCGGUGGUCAGUGGUGCUCAGAAAGCUUCCAACACAAAGUUACAGUCGAAGAGUGAAGGAGAAUACGCUUUUCUCUCUGUUAUCUGUCACAACACGUGCUAGGGAAUUUACUAGGAGUCAGUUGAUUGUAUCAAAUAUAAUGGAAUUGUUUCAUGCACUUUUAUAGAAAUUAAAAAGUAGAUAUUUUCAACCAUU